AGAUGGUACAGUGAUGUAGCGGGGACUGAUAUUACUGCCCACUUAAACUCAUCUGCUGUUGCUCCAACCCCCCAACACACACUAUACUAUAAGGACCAGGAGGACUCAAUGCGCAUUCAUCCACAGGCUAUCUGACUCUCUCUCUCACACCCAAUGGCGACUGCUCUCAUUCACACUCUUUCAGAUAAAAGGAACUCUUUGCGAACAUCAAUCUGGAAUCAUAAUUUGUUCACCUCCAUAUCAGCCAGACAGCGUCCUGUCCAAUCAAAGCCCUUGCGUUGCUGACACAGAUGGGUGCUUUGCUACUACAUGCUAGCUGACCCAUAAUGUGAAGCUUUCUGCCCUGCCGGACGCUUCUGUUUGCAAACUGUGACAAGGUUCUAUCCCCGCUGGAGUUGGACUCUAACUCGGGGUUUUGACCCCGAGAACACGAGAGGGUUUCUGAUUUGGAGAGGGACGGGUCCUGCUGAGAACCUGUCUGGACUGACCCACUAGCAUUUAUUUCCUAAUCUGUGGACAUCAGGAGCGUUUCUUCUAGCAGAUCUGAGACUGAGCGCACUGGAGGUGUGUUUUGAAAGGACCUCACUGGACUCUUUUUCCCCAAGACCAUGGACUCUCUCGUGGGCAGCAUUCUGCUGCUGUGUGGGCUGAUUCUGCUCAGGACAGAGGGCAGCAGAGCCCAACAGACCAAAAACAACGUCCCUCGGCUAAAACUGGCUUAUAAAGACAUGCUGGAGUCAAACAACCUUGUAACGUUUGAAGGCCUUGCCAACAGUUCAGCUUACCACACCUUCCUGUUGGACGAGGAGAAAGGACGACUCGUUGUGGGAGCCAAGGACCACAUCUUCUCCUUUAACCUCCUCAACAUCAGCAGAGACUACGCGCAGAUCCCUUGGCUGGCUUCCUCCACCAAAAGAGAUGAAUGCAAGUGGGCAGGAAAAGAUCUCUCGAGGGAGUGCUCAAAUUUCAUUAAAGUGUUGCAGCCGUUCAACCAGACCCACCUCUAUGUGUGCGGGACAGGAGCCUUCCACCCUGUCUGCUCCUACCUGGAGGUCGGCAGGAAACCAGAGGACAGCGUGUUUAAACUGGACCCUCUUAUAGAGAAUGGUCGAGGAAAGAGUCCUUAUGAUCCCAAGUUAUUGACGGCCUCCAUGCUAAUUGAUGGAGAACUGUAUGCUGGGACAUCAGCUGACUUCAUGGGGCGGGAUUUUGCCAUCUUUCGCACUCUCGGAAAGCACCACCCGAUCAGGACGGAGCAACAUGACUCCCGGUGGCUAAACGAUCCCAGGUUUGUGGGCGUGCAUCUAAUUCCAGAGAGCGACAACCCAGAAGAUGACAAAAUCUACUUACUCUUUAAGGAGAACGCUAUAGACGGAGAGCACGCUGGGAAGGCCACACACGCCCGCAUCGGACAGCUCUGCAAAAAUGACCUGGGAGGACACAGGAGUCUUGUAAAUAAGUGGACCACCUUUUUGAAGGCGCGACUCAUUUGCUCCGUGCCUGGCAAUAAUGGAAUAGACACGCACUUUGAUGAACUACAGGAUGUUUUUCUCAUGAGUACAAAGGAUCUUAAGAGCCCGAUCAUCUAUGCAGUAUUCACCACUUCCAGCAACAUCUUCAAAGGUUCAGCUGUGUGCAUGUACAGCAUGGCGGACAUCAGGAGAGUUUUCCUGGGUCCUUACGCUCAUAGAGAUGGACCCAACUAUCAGUGGGUGCCUUUCCAGGGACGCGUUCCCUACCCACGGCCUGGCACAUGCCCGAGCAAGACGUUUGGGGGGUUUGAUACAACCAAGGACCUGCCUGAUGAAGUUGUAACCUUUGCUAGAAGCCACCCGGCCAUGUUCAACCCUGUCUAUCCGAUUAACAAUCGCCCAAUCAUAGUCAAAACAGAUGUGGACUACCAGUUCACCCAGAUAGUGGUGGACAAAGUAGAAGCAGAAGAUGGACAGUAUGAUGUCAUGUUCAUAGGCACAGACAUGGGGACGAUACUGAAAGUUGUAUCCAUCCCCAGAGGCUCCUGGCAUGACCUGGAAGAAGUCCUAUUGGAAGAAAUGACUGUCUUCAGAGAGCCAACCGCCAUUACAGCGAUGGUACUUUCAACAAAACAGCAACAACUGUAUCUGGGCUCGGAAAUCGGCGUGUCCCAGAUGCCUUUGCAUCGGUGUGAAGUUUAUGGGAAGGCCUGUGCUGAGUGUUGCCUGGCAAGGGACCCUUACUGUGCAUGGGAUGGCACCGAGUGCUCCAGAUACUUUCCCAUGGCUAAAAGGCGAACAAGGAGGCAAGAUAUCAGGAAUGGAGACCCACUCACACAAUGUUCAGACCUGCAACACCAUGAUGAACUUAAUGGACAGACGACUCUUCUGGAUAAAACGGUGUACGGUGUGGAGAACAGCAGCACCUUCCUUGAGUGCAGUCCCAAGUCUCAGAGAGCCCUGACUUAUUGGCAGUACCGGCACUCGACUGAAGAGCGCAAACAAGAGAUCAAAUCAGAAGGACGUUUCAUCCACACAGACCAGGGCCUACUGAUCCGCACCCUCAGCAAGAAGGAUUCUGGGAUCUACCUGUGCCAGGCGGUGGAGCACGGCUUCAUGCAGACACUUCUCAAGGUCACUUUGGAGGUCAUUGACACUGAACGCCUGGAGGAUCUGCUACAUCGGGAUGAAGCUGCCGCAGCAAUAGCACCUGCCCAGGAUCUCUCCCCACCUCAAGAAAGCCCAAAUCAAAAGCUUUGGUACAGAGACUUCCUCUCUUUAGUCAACCACCCAACUCUGAACAGUGUGGACGAGUUCUGCGAGCAGGUGUGGAAAAGGGAGAGAAAGCACAGGAGGCAGAAAGCUCACCUGGUGCAUCAAGUACAAAUACACCAACAGCACCAACAGCAGCCGAAGGCGGUGAACCCUCGCUCUCACACGCAUGCUCAGGGGCUCGCGGCCAAAUGGAAACACCUCCAGGAAAGGCAGAAGGGACGCAACCGCAGGACCCAUGAACUGGAGAGGGCCCCCCGCAGUGUCUGACCCAAGAACUCCUGACUCUUAACACUCAAACCACAACCUUAUUCUCUAACCCUGAUUACACUAUCCACCCUUUUUCUUCAUACUGAGAUACUGACAUCUUCAACAAAGAAUGGAUAGAAGUUGGAUUGGUAGAUGGUGAUAACGAUCCUGAUCAGCCGUCGGGUGCGUUCUGUGCGUGGGCAGCCGUGAGUUUACCGCGGGACAGUGCAGAGGACUGUCGUGUCACGCCAGAGUAUUCAAGUACAUCAUCUAGGCGGGCCACUGUGGCCCGAACACUGACAAAAAAAAACCCAAAACAGUGCGAAGCAGCAAGAGGACGGGAUACCCCAAACCGCCGAACAGACAUGAAUAAUUCCACAUUGAAAUAUCAAUGGCAUAGUUUUCUGGCAUGCUAGGUGUCUAUCAGUGUCACUAAGUACCUACAAAUACUUGAUCAUGCUAUGAUAUGAUUGGGAGUGAUUGUAUAAGGAAAUAGCCUUGAGGGUAAAUGGAAUGCAGUGGAAUUGGAAGCACAAACGAGUGGAGCUCAUGGAAAGCACAAUGUGGGAUGUUGGGUUACUUUUGGUAGCAUAGAGACUGUUAAAUGCGUCAACAGAGAAAAGGAAAACGCAUAAGCACUGCAAGAACUUUGGAGAAACGGUCCCCAUUUGACAACUAAUACAACUAUGUAGCAAUGAAGUGUAAAUACUGUAUUCUAUGGUGUCUCAUCCGACUAAAGGGAAUGACUCGCAGUUUUCUUGUUAUUUUAUGUUAUUUCACCAGAUCCACAUUUAUUUAAGAAAGAUUCUGAGAUUUUGUACCUGUCAAUGUGUCUGCGCCUUGGAUAAGCUUCUAAAACAAAGUCAGGUUUUAUUAUUUUGCAGUGCAUGGAAUGUCCGACCGAGUUAUUUCAUGUUCUCUUAUUUUGGAUACACUUGGUUUCCGCUAUAUAUGUAUUUAUUGAUAUACAAUUAUGUACAUUGUGAGAAUAUUUUUUGAUGCGCACGGCUCUUUUCUGUCCAAGGUAUGAUACAUCUGAUCUACAGGACUCUUAAAAUAUCUGUAUCAUCAAAAUGACUGACUGGAAGACAUGUAUCUCUAUUCGUCAACAUGACAUGCAUUGCAAACCAAAUGCACUGAGCACAACCCUGUAUCCUUUUUUUUUCUUCCACAUUUCUUGCGUCAUAAUCAUGAGUCUCCUCACAGGCAUCGCAGUGAAACAAUUUCAUUUCACUGCAUGUAACAUAAAAACUCUAGUUCUAGUUAAUCUAGUAUCUGAUUUUAACAAUUCUUUAUUAGACAAAGCACACACACAAACACAAAUAUGUAAUGUAGCUGUGAACAGUAUGUAAAUAAAAAUACAAUAGUGUAUGUUUGCCACUGUGUACUAGUGCAUGGAUACUAUUGUAGUGUUCCUAUUUUGCUAUAGCAAUGAUAUACUGUCUGGUGCUGUCACUGUUAUUCUGUUUUUUGCCUAUUCAGUACACAAUAUUAAGUAUUUCAAAGAUGUACAUACUAUUUCUGUUAGGACUCUUAAAUGUAUGACUGAUCAUUCCUGAGGUAGGUGUUCAUAAAAAAAUGGAGUGUCAGAUGAGCAUUGAAACAUCAGUAUAUCAGAUGACCACGUUAACUCUGGGUCUGCAAACUACAUUUGCCUUUGGAAGCCAUGGCGGCUGAAGACGAGAUUCAGCUGCAGCCGUCCGCGAGAAAGCAAUUUCAGGCCAACAAGACAAGUUCAAAGCCAGAGUUGUGGUACUUUCAGUAGGGAUGUGCAUAUAAUAAGCUCAUCGUUAUGAAGAGAACAUGUAGGGUGUGUCACUGCGUCUGUCCUGGACACACAGUGAACGUGAGGGAAUAAAGUGCUGCUGCUGCUUUUUCGGCGAGAGGACGAUGAUGGUUGUUAUGUACUUUACUGAUCUAAUAAAUGUCUCUUCAUGAAGUGUUGGCUUCAUUAAAUCUAUUUUUUUGUGACCUCA